AUGAUUUCUUCGAUCCAAGAUUUCAAGUCAAAGAUCGAAGCAAUCGAGUGGCCAAACUUCUGGCCAUUCAACUCGCCAGCUCAUGUACAAUCAAGCGAUACCAAAUACGAGCUUCUCGGAGAUCUCGACCUCAUCGAACUCGAGUCUCUCGAACCAACACCACGUGCUGCUGCACGCUCAAGCGCUUCAAAUGUCCGAGCGGCGGGGUGGAUCAUAGUAAAUAUUGUGUCCACCGUUUUGAUUGUAAGUUGA